AUGCGCAGCAUACUUAAAAGUAUAAUUAAAGUCAGUGUUUCUGGACGUUCCGGUCCAUUAAUACGUCGCCUACUGUGUACGAAGGCAGCCGCUACCGUUCCACAUCCCAGCAGUGCCUUGCAACGAUACGAGGAUGAUCUGCAGGACGAGUUCCACCAAGUGCUGCGCGAGGAACAGCAACGAUCCGUGCUCGAUCCGGUACCGGAUCCGACAUCGCUGGAAAUUUUCCCCAACACAAAACCCGCCUUCAACUUUGCAGCCUACGUAAACAAAUCCGACACCCUGCAGCAGCUCGUUUCACUUGGCGUUGAGCUGCACCGGCUAGAAAAGCGCAAAGGAAUCCCACAGUUUGUGCUUGGAUUGGAUUUUGAGCGAGACAUGAAGGCACACAUUCGUUUCCUAUCGGACGUUGGUGUGCCGGCGGAAACGUUGGGUGAGUUCCUCACCAAAAAUCCAUUGAUUUUCAAAGAAGAUCUUGGAGAUCUUGAAACGCGAACGAACUAUCUCGAAUCGAAACGAUUCCUGCCGGAAGAAAUUGCCCGGAUUGUUACAAACAACCCGUUCUGGCUUAUGCUCAACACCAAGCGCAUCGAUCGUCGGUUAGGAUAUUUUCAGAAAACGUUUCAUCUGGCGGGCAGUGAGGUGCGAACGCUUGCCACCAAACAGCCAAGAUUGAUCACGUACAACUUGGAGCAUGUACGUAAAAACACGUUUACCGUGCAGGAAGUGAUGGGAUUCGAAAAAGAGGAAGUGAAGCAACUUUUGCUGAGCAAACCACGCAUUUGGAUGAUAAAAACGGAAGCGCUACAGUACCGCUUCGAAUACAUUCACCGCCGCAUGAAGCUGUCGCAUGCGGAAAUCCUGCAAACUCCCGAUCUGCUGCUAACACGUGACGUUCGGAUCAAACAAAGACACGGAUUUUUGAAAUUUCUUGGCAAAGUGCAGUACGAUCCCAAGAAGGAGCUUUAUAUUCCGCUAAAAUCACUGGCCGUGGGUACCGACGAGAUGUUCGUUACAGAAGUGGCUAAAUCGAACAUGGAAUGUUACAAUCGCUUCCUGAAAACACUCUGAAACGUGCUGCUGGACGCAAUGGAAAGUUUAAUUUUUGAAACAAAACCAAACAAAAAAUAAUAUGUAUAUGUAGA